AUGGCCAUGUGUCACGAUGGUCUCUUGAAGUGUUCUCGCUAAGUUUAUUUGUUUUGUGUGAAAAGAGUGUUUUACCACGAUGGCUGACUUAAGUGUUGAUAUAUCAAAGUUGCCGGACGAGAUAAGAGACAAAUUAGCUGAAUUGGACUUAGAGUUAUCCGAAGGUGACAUCACACAAAAGGGCUAUGAGAAGAAACGGACGCGGCUACUCGCGCCCUACCAGCACCAGCCUCAAGCAGGCAACCAGCCGCCGCGCGGGCCGCGGGGCGACGGCGGCAGCGGGCGUCUGCACACCAGGAACCGCCGGACGCACCGGCGCGUCACGCACAAUGAGAAGCGAUACCACUCAGAGGUCCGACAAGAGGCGGUACAGCAAGCGCUAGCAGAAAUGCAGAACAGACCCAAGCCAUCGCUGCCCAUGCCGUCAAAGCGGACCUCCAUGAUGGCAAAGAGUCCGGACAGAGAGCGGCACGAUUUAUCAUCAAGUUCAGAUGAAGACUCGUGCGCGGGCGACACAGCUCCCCCUCCCCCCGAGCUGGGGUCGCCCCCCGCGCGGCGGCCUGCCGCGCCGCACCCCCGCUCGCACCCGCACCCGCUGCCGCAGCCGCCGCACCAUCGCGAGCGAGAGCGGGAGAGGGAGCGGGAGCGAGAGCGGGAGAAGAAACACGCGAGGGAGAGGACGGAGAUCGAUCUGUCGGAGAUGACACAUUUGCCUGCUUAUAUCCAGCCAGAUGUAACACACACAUCAGCCGGCGCGCGGCGCGGCGGGGCAUUGGUUGCCGACCGAGUCGGGUGCUACCAGUCAGAUGAUACAGGCACAGGGACCGGUCGGUGGAAGGUAUCAGCCAAGAUCCAGCAACUGCUAAACACACUGAAGCGGCCCAAGCGCCGACCGUUACCGGAGUUCUACGAGGAUGACGACAUCGAGCUGGAGAUCGCGGCCAACCCGAAGGACCCGAACGCGCCCAAGCCAGAGGGAGGCACCAUGACCCCAGCGGUGGGAGAGCAGCUGGUGGUCCCCGCCGGGCUACCGAGGAACUUGGAGGCAGCGUUACAGAGAUACGGCACGGCGUCGUUCAAAGCGAAUGUGGCUACGGCUGAUCCGAAUGGGAAGUUGAGCAACUCGCUGACUUAUGGCAAACUGCUAAGUCGCUCGCUCAAAAUCGCGUUCGCGCUGCUCAACAAAUCCUUCACAUCGAAGGCGAGCAGCGGCGGCCCACUGACCGGCGACACUUCUAUCAAGCCCGGCGACCGUGUGGCUCUAGUCUACCCCAACAACGACCCUAUCAACUUCAUGUGCUUUUACGGGUGCCUGCAAGCUGGGGUGGUGCCGGUGCCGAUAGAAGUGCCGCUGACGAGGCGAGAUGCAGGAUUGCAGCAAGUUGGGUUCCUGCUUGGUUCUUGUGGGAUACAAUACGCAUUGACUUCCGACGCGUGUCUCAAAGGUCUGCCAAAGACGUCAUCCGGUGACGUGGUCUCAUUUCGCGGCUGGCCGUCCCUCCAAUGGGUGUCCACAGAGAAACUUCCUCGCCCCCCGCGAGACUGGAUCCCGCCCCCUCGCCCCGCGGAUGACAGCCCCGCGCAUAUUGAGCAUACGUCGGCGGUCGACGGGUCUGCCAUGGGCGUCAUAGUCACACGCCAAUCAAUGCUGGCUCACUGUCGCAUGCUCUCCGUAGCGUGCAACUACACCGAGGGUGAGCACAUGGUGUGUGUGCUCGACUUCAAGCGCGAGACCGGGCUUUGGCACGCCGUGCUCGCGAGCGUGCUCAACGGGAUGCACGUUAUAUUCAUCCCGUACGCGCUCAUGAAAGUCAGCCCCGCCUCGUGGAUGCACAUGAUUACUAAAUACAGGGCAUCAGUAGCAAUAGUGAAGUCCCGCGACCUCCACUGGGGUCUGCUGGCCACACGCGACCACAAGGAGAUCUCACUGAGCUCGCUGCGCAUGUUACUGGUCGCUGAUGGCGCCAACCCCUGGUCGCUGUCAUCCUGCGACCAGUUCUUGUCUGUAUUCCAGAGCAAGGGUGUCCGCGGCGACGCCAUCUGCCCGUGCGCGUGCAGCAGCGAGUCGCUGGUCGUGUGCGUCCGGCGCGCGGGCCGCGGGGGCUCCUCUGCCGGACGCGGCGUGCUGUCCAUGUCCGGGCUGUCGUACGGCGUCGUCCGGGUGGACGCGGAGAACUCGCUCACGUCGCUCACGCUGCAGGACUGCGGGCAGGUCAUGCCGUCGUGCGUAAUCGUCGUAGUCAAAAUGGAGGGUCCCGCGUAUCUCUGCAAGACGGACGAAGUGGGUGAAAUCUGCGUGCUGUCCGGGGCCACGGGGUCCGGGUACUGGGGCCUGCCGGGGCUAACGAACACCGUGUUCCGAGUGAGGCCCCUCGACGCUGAUGGCGAUACUAUAGGCGAGGAGAGCUACGUGAGGAGCGGGCUGCUCGGAUUCUUGGGGCCUGGUGGUCUGGUCUUCGUCUGCGGCUCCCGCGACGGUCUGAUGACGGUGACGGGCCGCAAACACAACAUGGACGACAUCAUCGCAACAGUACUCGCCGUUGAACCGAUGAAGUUCAUAUACCGAGGACGCAUCGCUGUAUUCUCUGUGAGAGUGUUGAGGGAUGAGCGGAUAUGUAUCGUCGCUGAGCAGAGGCCGGACUGUGGGGAAGAAGAGUCAUUCCAAUGGAUGUCCCGCGUGUUGCAAGCGGUAGACUCCAUACACCAGGUCGGGAUAUACUGCCUUGCCCUGGUGCAGCCCAACUACCUGCCGAAGACUCCUCUCGGCGGCAUCCAUCUCAGCGAGUGCAAGAGGAGAUUCCUGGAGGGAACCCUGCACCCGGCCAAUGUGCUAAUGUGCCCGCAUACUUGCGUCACUAACCUGCCGAAACCGAGGGAAAUACAUUCGGACGUCGGGCCGGCGUCGGUGAUCGUUGGCAACCUGGUGCAGGGCAACCGCCUCGCGUCCGCGCAGGGUCGUGACAUGGGAUACACUGACGACUCGGACGCUGCUAGAAAGUAUCAAUUUAUAUCUCAAAUCCUGAGAUGGCGCGCGCAGAGCACCUCCGACCACGUGAUCUUCACGCUCCUCAACUCGAAGGGCGCCGUGUCCAAGGUGCUGACCUGCGCCGAGCUGCACAAGAAGGCGGAGCGGAUCGGCAACCUGCUGCUCGAGAAGGGCCGCGUCAACACGGGGGACCACGUAGCGCUCAUCUUCCCGCCCGGGAUCGAUCUCAUUUGCGCGUUCUACGGGUGUCUGUACGUGGGCGCCGUGCCCGUCACCAUCCGCCCGCCGCACCCGCAGAACCUGCACACCACGCUGCCCACCGUCAGAAUGAUCGUCGACGUCAGCAAGGCCACUCUAGUCCUCUCCAACCAGUCUGUGAUAAAACUGCUGCGCUCCAAGGAGGCCAGCAACGUGCUCGACAGCAAAGCUUGGCCCAUCACGCUCGACACCGAUGAUAUGCCUAAGAAGAAACUCCCGAUCCUGUACCGCGCGCCCACGGCUGAGAUGCUGGCGUACCUCGACUUCAGCGUGUCCACCACGGGCAUGCUCGCCGGCAUCAAAAUGUCACACGCCGCGGUCACGUCGCUCUGUCGAUCCAUGAAAAUCGCCUGCGAAUUAUACCCCUCCAGACAUAUAGCGCUAUGCCUCGACCCCUACUGCGGCCUCGGAUUCGCUCUCUGGUGCCUCAGCAGCAUCUACUCCGGACAUCACUCGAUUUUGAUUCCGCCUUCCGAAGUGGAGAUCAACCCUGGGCUGUGGCUCAGCGCCGUGUCGCAAUACAAAGUGAGGGACACGUUCUGCUCGUACGGAGUGAUGGAGUUGUGCACUAAAGGGCUAGGAAGCUCCGUGAACCAGCUCAAAUCGAAGGGGAUUAACUUGGCGUGCGUGCGGACAUGCGUCGUCGUCGCCGAGGAGAGGCCGCGGAUAAACUUGACGAAUUCGUUCUCGAAGCUGUUCUCGGCGCUGGGACUCAGUCCACGCGCCGUCUCGACGUCCUUCGGCUGUCGAGUGAACAUAGCGAUCUGCCUGCAGGGCGCCUCGAGCCCCGAGCCCUCUACGGUGUACGUAGACUUGCGUGCGCUGCGCAACGACAGAGUAUCGUUAGUAGAACGCGGCAGCCCGCACUCGCUAUGUCUAAUGGAGUCCGGCAAGCUUUUGCCGGGAGUGAAAGUGAUCACGGCGAACCCUGAAACGAAAGGUCAAUGCGGGGAUUCGCAUUUGGGUGAGAUCUGGGUUCAAUCGCCGCACAGCGCGAGCGGUUACUUCACGAUAUACGGGGACGAGAGUGACUACGCGGACCACUUCUGCGCGCAGCUGGUGACGGGGAACACGGGCGAGGUGUACGCGCGGACCGGGUACCUCGGGUUCCUGCGGCGGACGGAGAUCAGCACGACGGCGAGCGCGGGCGACGACAGCUCGCUGCUGCGCGACAGCGACACGGAGUCGCUGGCGUCGGCGUCGGGCAGCGUGGGCGGCGCUGGCGCCGGCGCGGACGCGCACGACACGCACGACGCCGUGUUCGUGGUGGGCGCGCUCGACGAGACCAUCAUGCUGCGCGGGAUGCGAUACCAUCCCAUCGAUAUUGAGAACUCGGUCAUGCGGUGCCACAAGAAGGUUGCUGAAUGCGCCGUGUUCACAUGGACGAACCUCCUCGUCGUGGUCGUCGAGUUGGACGGCAGCGACAGCGAGGCCCUGAACCUGGUCCCACUCGUUACGAACACCGUGCUGGAGGAGCACCAUCUCAUCGUGGGCGUCGUCGUGGUCGUGGACCCGGGAGUCGUGCCCAUCAACUCGCGGGGCGAGAAGCAGCGCAUGCACCUGCGAGACGGGUUCCUGUCUGACCAGAUCGACGCGAUCUAUAUCGCUUAUAAUAUGUAAAUUGUGACAGGUUCGCUUUUGAUAGUGAAAAGUUGUUACUAUAGCUAAUGUUACAUUUGACUGCAAUUUUCGGUUUUGUUAAGGUAAAGGGAUCGACAGUUUAUGCCACUUUCAAUCUGUCUUUAAAUGUGAUGUGACAGAAGUGUGCCAUCUAUUGGGCAUUCGCGUGUUGAAACUAGUACUUUAAUUUUCAAAGAAAAACUUAUUCGAAUUUAUCUGUUACGAAACAUUUCUUAAGUCAAAUGAAACUUUAGUAAUUGCAUGUCAGCGCGGUGAAUUGUUUGGCACAAUUUUAAUGAAAACAAAAAAAAACGUACGACCACAUUAUUCCGAGAUCGUGGAACUCAUAUGAAAUGAGUUCAGAAAGCUAGAAAGUUACGAAUUUGCAAUUUUGUGGUAAGUUUAACGUGACGUUAUCUUCAAGAUCUUGUCUUGAUUGUAUAUUAGAAGUAUUUGACGACUGUAUGUAACAUAAGUGCAGGUAUCCCAGUUGACCAAUGACGAUCUCCUCAAGAAACUGUGACGGAAGCUGUUGCUUCAGAUGUUGACGAAAAACGAUUACGUUUGGAAAGAUUUUGUUCGGGUAACAGACAGAUACUGUGACGCGCAGUGCUUGGUUAAACUAUAUUUAUACUUUAACCUAUAGUUACAUGUGUACCAGUUUCAUUGAGAGAUGGGUUCAUUUAAACCUAAUCUAAUAUUGGUUGUAAAUUUAUGUUUAAUGAAACUAAUGCAGUACAUAAGUCUGUGUUAUUUUUAGUAGCAAGUGCUGGUUCCGUUAGUAGAAUCUGUCUAUUACCUCACGCGCCAUACGCCUCCUAUCGACCCCAUCGUAUUUAGUAUCUUAGAACACCGACUACGACCCCACGACUUUGUAAGUUAGCAUUUUACCCUCUCUCCCUUUCCAAAUUGGAAUUGUCUAAAACAAAUAGCUUAGUUAGUAGUUUCGGUGCCGGCGCCUAAACGAUUUUUAAGGUUAUUUUGUAAGGUUGUUUAAAAGUUACCAGUUCGGUGUCAAAAUUGUUAUCUGACUUAGAUUAGUUUGUUUGAAAUUGAUAGAAUACUUAGUAUUUAGCUCAAAAGCCGGCACCGGUACCAACCCACACAUAUUUUACGAUUUCUAAGACUUUAAACGAAUUCUACAAUUACAUCAGACGUACGGUAGUCGAAGCUGACCUUUUAGGACCUUGUCGUAUUGCAAGCUGUCUAGUGACGUCAAACGAAAAUCAUAAAUAGUUGAGUACGACAAAGCCCUGAAUUGUGCAGCAUUUUGAAAUUACCGUGCUUUGAGCUCGAAUCAAGAUCGGGACAAGACUGAUACAAGUCUGAAUUCUAGAAAAGUUUUUUACUUUCUCUUUAAGGUAUUUUUACCGCCCUUAUUCCCAGUAAUGUAACUUGGAUGUGGAACUAUUUGAACAGUGACGUGGAACAGUGAAUAUUAAUGCAUGGUUCGGGUUUGUGCAGUAAUUAUAUUUGUUAGUGUAAUGGUUGUAUGCGAACCUCAAAAUUGUGGCGAUUUUGGAUGUUCCUACGGUUUGUUAGUGAUCUGGGGAAAAAUAUGAAACCAUCCAUGUAUCUCAUCCUUUAUCUAGUCAGUCCUAGGUUUGACCAGGUACACACAGACCGAUCAAAUCGGAUUUACAACAGUCAGUCCCAUUGCUUGUGCCGCUCUUGAAAUAGAAUCUAACAAAUUACGUAACAUUUGUACAUUUCGAAGGUUGAUAUUCAAUGGUCCUUCUAGAUUUGACUUGUUAAAGGUCUUAAUUUAGGAUUUUGGUCAAGACCACUUUCUAAUAAAUAUUACGUUUGGCUAUCCAAAACUGGACUACCGCAAUUUCGGGGUUUGACCACAACAUAAUGAUUAGAACUUAUAAAAUUAUAUAAUAAUUGAUAAUUAUCCGACAAACAGCUUGUACUGUUUUUAUUAUACACAAUUAUAUUGUUGUGAUUAUCAUUCAAUAAUUUAUCGUAGUUGUAAAUUUAUGUAUGGCAGUCAGUAAUAUGAGUGUUAGUGACGAUAAUGUUUCGCAUUUAAUAUUAUAUGUUUAACUUUAGUUUCGCGGUUCGGUUAAAGUCGACAAUAACGUGAUGACGAUACUGGAAUCCGGUGAAACUGACAAAUGAAAUUCUCGUACCAUAGUGUUAGCUUUAUUACGUGUUAGUUCGUAAUAAGUAGACAUAAAUAGAAGGAAUGGUUACAGCUUACGCAUCAUAUAGUGGUUUCCACUGUACUAAAGGUAGGGCGCUAAGCACGGUGAGUUUCGUACAUUGAUCCUUAUGUUCCUGUCUUUAUCGCACUUACAUAUUUGUAUUGCAGUCUCGCUCCGAUCGGCCGCGGCCGAUCGCAUCAUCGGCAAGACAGCAAUAGAAGUAGCAACACGGGGGUCAUCGUACGAAACUCUUCGAGAUUAGUGUCCUUGCUUUAGCAGCAACACUCUUAACUGAUCAUUUGUGGUAUUUGUGUCUAGGUAACAAGAUUUACUUAAAUUUUCAGUUGACAGUGUAGAUGCACCGCUGUUUUUCUCUAGGAUGUUAGCUUUACUUCACGCCUUUUAAUUCUAUACCACCGUUUUCCUUUGACAGCUCAAAAUAAAACCUAGCGAUGUUUUUUAUGUGCGUAUUUGGCUCUUAGCUCAAUUUAUAAAUAAUUUGAGCCGCUUUCAUUUCACCGCGAUUUUGCUCAAACAGUUGCUUUUUACAACUAUGCCGGGGAAAACUACAGCGUCAGCUUAGUUAAAAGCUUUGAAAGAAAAUAAGUAUAUAAAAAUAAUAAAAUAAACCUUUACCCGACGAAAAAUAAAUAUAUUAAUGGGUAUACAUCUCCUGGUUAAGGUCAAAGUACAGUUUUAUAAUUUUCUGUAUUGUAUAGUAUCACAAAGAAAGUUAUCUUCAUUAUCCAGCAAGUAGCAGCAUGGUUGUUAAUAAAUUUAAAUACUUAGUAAUGUUUGUUGCAAAUAGUUAGACUAUACGCGUCUAGGGUCAGGUAGCCUUGCUCAAGUGUCAUUUCAUUUCAUAUCAUUUAAUAGUAUUCAUUGUUACCGCGGAGUUAGAAGACAGGCAGAAGAAUGUUCGCUAAAAUAAAACUGUUUUCCCAACAUGUCGAGAAUUUGUUACAUGCGUCUCGUACCGAUGUAGUAAUGUUUUUCCUUCGUAUUUUUGAAACGUUCGUAUUUGUCGUGCUAGUUCAAUCUAUAUCAGUAUUUCGUGUACUGGGGGCCGAUUUUUGAAUCUCACGGCGUUCGAAUUCAGAAAAUUGUCACCGAAUUUUCAGUGUAAAUUUUCUG